GAGAUGAGGCGUCAGCGCGAGCAAGAUGCGAAGGAACGCGCUGAGCAGCUCAAGUCCAUGCGCGAGGAAAAGUCGGUUUUCACCUACAGCCUCCGGGAUGACCUUCCCGUGUUUGGCGAUGGUGACUCGGACCUGGACAAGCACUUCGAGGCGUUCCACGACGUAUGCUUGGUUGUCAAGCCGAAGGGUGAUCGCGAGAAGCUGCUUCUGUUUGCGCGGAGCUUGAAGGGUGUGCGGCGGCGUUGCUACGAUACGAUUAUCAAGGAGGCCAAGAGUAACGGGGACUACGAGGCCAAACCUGCUUCGGUGUUUGACCGUUUGGUGGCGGCGCUUGACGCCUCCUUUCACGAGAGCGACGAAGCAUGA